CACUUUAUUCAUUUGUGUAUACAUUCACUAGAAUUUUAUUCAAUUGACCGCAUUUUUUUUAUUGUGUUUAUCAUGCGGCUUAUCAGAAGAAAAAAAACAUGUGCUUGUGAGGUAUGAUUUUGUACCUACAUCUAGUCAUACAUUCUGUUGGGUCCAAACUCAAUAUGAUUCAGGCACAACUGUGGUGUCAGCAGAGUAUGUAUCAUGCAUAAAUACUUCUUUACUAUCAUUACUCAGAAUAAUAAACUUCUUUGGGCUUACAGAAACGAAUGAUCAAUAUCUACUAUUUCAUAUACCUUAAGGUCCAAUAUGAGAAAAACAGCGAAAAAGACAAAGAAAAAGACAUCCACUGAAAAGCAAGCCGAUACAAGUACCUCUUCUAAACCAGAAAAAUGGACACCUAUUCAACAAGAACAAGUAAACCUUGCUCAACAGCUCGAUACGUAUAUUAGCGAGUUUCAAACGAAACUUUCGCGCCUUAACUUUCAACCUUCCAACAGAGAACUUGUUAUAUUGUUCCUGAUGAAUUUACAUCCUCGUUGGCGUCGUCUGGUAGAGCCUCUUGAAUUAUCCUGUAGUAGUUGGGUAGAAGCAGCUGCUUUUGCACGACUACACUGUGGACGUGUUUCUGCUAUCCUGGGUUGUGAGACAAGUGAACCUAUCUUUAAGACGGCAGAAGCUAGGGCUUUACGAGACUCGGGCUACUUUACACCUGACGCGAGUCCGGCUAAAAGAGCAGAUGUUCUAUCUGCAAUUCAGCAUUUAUUGAUUUCAGAAGAAGAAGAAGAAGAAGAAGAGGAAGAAAAAGAACAAGUAGUGCGAGAGUCGCAUAUGCACAUUCUAUCUCAGAAUAAGCCUUAUCGAGGACCAACUUUCAUGGACCAAAAUGCAGAGAUAUUAAAAGAAAAGCUGCCUGUUAUAGAAAUACAAGAAGAAGAACAAGAAGAGGAACAAGAAGAGGAACAAGAAGAAGAAGAACAAGAAAAAAAAAACCAAGAAAGCCAAGAAAGCCAAGAGGAAAAAGAGGAGAAAGAAGAGCAAGAGGUGCAAGCGCCCAUACCCAACACUGAAUCACCAAAACCACAACCAUCAACUAGUAAAACACAAAAAAAAGACAAAAAAAAUAAAACAAAUCAAGCCCCUCAAAAUAGUAAAAGUAUCUGUUACCGAGUACCUGCUGAGCAUAGUGAUGUUAAUCUUACUUUCCUGGAGCUCACAAUCAACCACAAGAAAGUUAAAGGACUAUUGGCUAAAGUACAUUGGGGAAGUUCGGCUAUUUCUCUUGACUGUGUUCACCGCCUUGGACUCUCCAUGAAAGAAACAGAUAACUUUUGUAUUAACACUGAUUUUGGCUUUGAAGACUCGAUUGGUAUCCUGACAUUACCUAUUGUACAUCCUGCAGACAGUAGUAUUCAAUCAGAAAUGGAGAUACAAGUACUGCCUCAGAUUUACGGAGGUAAAGUUGACCUUGUUCUUGGUGCAGAUUUCUUUUACUUUUACAAUCCAACUUUAAAUAUAAGGACUAGAGCCAUUCGAUUUCUCGAAAAGGAAACACCUUAUAUUGUGA